AUGUUGAUAUUUUGGAGGUGUUUUAAGGAUGAGAGGCAUGUACACGAUGCCGUGAAACGAGACGAUACGAAGCCGACCACGCCAGCGACUCCCGACAAACCUGCCCCCUCUUCCCCGGCAACCACAGUCGCCCCCUCCCCCUCCUCCUCCACCCUCGACCCACGAACCCAAACCUUCUCAACCCUUCUCUCCGACCCCACGCUACAACACAUGCUUGCCUCGAAAUCGCUACAACACCAUCUCGUGAUCAUCAACCAAUUCCUGACCGAUCCGCAGUUCGCGGGCGAACACACGGCCGAGGGAAGACGCGCGGUGGCGCUGAAGAAGUUGCGCGAGUUGAGGGCGGGAGGGGUGGAGAGUAAUUCGGAGGUGGAGGAGUUUGUGGUGUAUGUUUUGGAGAUGAUGGAGAAGGGUGGUGUUUGAUAUGCCUCGGGUUGGCUUAGUUCUCGAUGUGAAGAUUAUAAGUCGGAGUUAAAUGCAUGCAUGCAUCUGACUUGGCUGUUGGUUAAAACCUGACAGCUCAAAUUCUUACCACAGAUCGACAAGCAUUAUCUGGGAUCGAAGUCCAUGGCAGAAGAGGCCAGUCAUCAAACGCCCUCCCGAGGAUCUCAAGAAAGAGAUCUUUCGUCGCUGUUCUCCACUCAACCACAACAGCGCUCGCUAUCUCAUCAACUAGUUCUUUACGGAUACCUAUGUUCGACCGAGACAAGAACCGAGCAAAACCCAUGAUGCUGCGGCGAAAUAGA